AGAUUACAAGACUUUUUGAGGGAGAAGCAGACCAUUUAACUCCAUCAACUGCACAGUUCCUUCUUGACAGUGACAUGUUUCUUGUGGCAGGAAGAAUGAUUGGCCAUUCAUUCCUACAUGGUGGCCCAUCUUUUGCUGGUCUAAGUCCUGCAAUAGUUCAUGUCUUGUGUGGGGGAUCACCAGAAACUUCAACAAUCCACACUGAGGAUUGCCCUGAUAUUGACUCGUUCCAUUAUCCAGUCGCUGGAAGGAACUGCUGAGUUGACACCAGAGGAAAAGAAAGCUGUGCAUGACCUCGCCCUGUCCUGGGACCUACCUGAUGUCACUGAAGGCAACCGGAAGUGGUUGCAUGAGCGGCUGUUAUUCCAUGCUGUGAUUUCAAGGACAGGCCGACAGGUGAAGCAGCUCAGGAAAGGUCUGAAAGACACCAUGAUUUGGGAACUUCUGAAGGAGAGAGCAGACAUUGUUCCAAAGAUUUUUCCAAGGAAUUCAGAAGCUGCUCUCAAUUCUCAUUCAGUCAUAGAAAGAAUUUUGUGGCCUGUCAUGGAGGAUGAUGAAGAUGAGGAGGAAUGCUCCUUAGAUGAUAAAUGCAGAGUUGCUGGAUAUCUGAGGAACUUCAUUGAAAAUGCAACUUGCACACAGCUCAAAGCACUCCUCAAGUUUUGGACAGGAUGGGAACUACUACCCAGUGAACUCACCCUGGAAAUUGUCAACAGUGAUUUACCAAAAUCUUCAACAUGCUUUGAAACACUUCGUCUUCCAGCACACUACCACGACUACCAAGUUUUUGUAACCGACUUGCAGGCUUGUCUCAACACUACUGAUACAGGCUUCGGUCUUGUCUAGAAUUUAUUGGAGACACAGGGUUCCUGUUUUUUUUUUUUUUUUUUGCCAAAGAUGGAUUGUUCCUUAUAUCAGUUACACUACAUUUGAAAGAGUUGCAGAUUUUGUUGCACAUGUUUUCUGAGAAGUAAAAGUCAGUUUUUACUGGAGUUUUGCAGCUCUUACUCUUGCCUGCAGGGCCCAAAGUUCUCACUGUUUUGUCCGACUGAUAAAAUUGAACCAAAGCUGUUAUG